AUGUAGUUAAUUAGUUUUUGUUAUUUUUAUAUGGGUGGAUUUUAAAUUAUUGAUUAUUUAUUUCUAACUGUAACACUUUAAUUAAAUUAAAUUGAAUGGAACUUAUCCUCUAAGAAGAAUUAUAGAUUGCAUAGAAUCAAUACCUAAAAUUUAGACAAUAAAAAACAAUCUUACUAUUUAUUAGGUGAAAAUUAAGAUAUUUAUUUGUUUCUAAGUUAAGCAUCCAAUCUAAAACUUCAUAUGAUAAUUGACAUUCUAAUAAGCAAAUACUACCCUAAUCCCCCAAUAAGUGCUGCCAAAGGAGUCACUGUGGGAGCCCUAAAUUUUUAAACCAAAUGA